AUGUUUUUAGAGAAUUUGGCAUUAAAAGGAAUUGCUGUACAGUCAUCCACAUUCACUUGGGUAGUGGCAAAUGACACUCACAGCUGGGAAGCAACAAAGGCCAUCGACGGCAUCAGAUACUCUCCUUCAGGUACACCCAAUGCAGUAGAAACCCAUACAUACUGCUCCAUCACAGGAUAUGAGCUCAACCCGUGGUGGAGGCUGGACCUGCUGGAUUCUUACUACAUUUACAACGUGACCGUCACCAACAGAGACGACUGCUGUCCGGAGCAAACGGCUGGAGUAGAGAUCCGCAUCGGAAACUCUCUGGAAAACAACGGAAACAACAAUACCAGAUGUGGUGUCACUUCACUUGUCCCAUUAGGCAGUUCUGUCAGUUUCUCUUGCGGUGGAAUGGAAGGUCGUUAUGUGAACAUGUACAUUCCUAACAACCAGGCAUUUCUCACACUGUGUGAGGUUGAGGUUUAUGGAACAGCUCUAAGUGGAACGGCUCCUGAAUACCUGAGUGAUCUUUUAAGCCCAAAUAUAUCUGCUAGACCGUUGAGGUCUUCUGAGAAAAGAGUGUUGAUGGUUCCUAAAUCUAGACUGAAGUUGUGGGGUGACCGUGCCUUUUCAGUUGUUGGGCCAAAACUGUGGAAUAGUCUCCCAGUCUCGGCAGUGGCUCAGUGGUUCAUGUAG